UAAACUGACACGAAUAAAUAUGGCAGCACAAGUGGAAAACAUUGAAUGUCUUCUUGAUAAAUAUCUGCCUCCUGCAGAAUUGGCAGAGGCUAAAAGAUUGAUGUAUGGUAAAGAGCUUAGAAAAUUGGAGCUUCCUAAAAGUGCAAUAGCCUUGUCAGAGGAAAGAGACUUUGAACUCCAAGGGUAUGGUUUUGAUGCACUUCCUGAGACUACUCGCCCGGCCAGGGUCAUCCGUGUUGGUGCCAUACAGAACAAGAUCGUCCUUCCAACUGAUGCACCUAUUGUCAAACAGAGGGAUGCGCUGAUUGAGCGGAUUACCCAGAUUGCCGAUGUGGCAGCCAUGUGUGGUGUUAACAUCCUGUGUAUGCAGGAGGCCUGGACUAUGCCAUUUGCAUUCUGCACAAGAGAAAAGUUUCCAUGGUGUGAAUUUGCUGAAUCAGCAGAAAAUGGUCACACAACCAAUGUCAUGCAGGAGUUGGCAAAAAAAUACAACAUGGUGAUAAUCAGUCCGAUCCUUGAACGCGAUGAAAAUCACGGAGAUGUACUGGCCAACACUGCAGUUGUAAUAUCAAACACCGGAGCUGUACUAGGCAAGCAAAGGAAAAAUCACAUUCCACGGAUUGGUGAUUUUAAUGAAUCUACUUACUAUUUGGAGGGUGAUUCAGGACAUCCAGUGUUUGAAACUCAGUUUGGUAAGAUCGCAAUUAAUAUAUGUUACGGCCGUCACCAUCCUCCUAACUGGUUGAUGUAUGGCGUUAAUGGUGCUGAGAUUGUUUUUAACCCUUCUGCCACUGUUGGAGCUCUGAGUGAACCCAUGUGGCCAAUAGAGGCAAGAUGUGCUGCUAUUGCUAACAGCUACUUCACCUGUGGGAUCAACAGAAUAGGCUCGGAAACAUUUCCCAAUGAAUUUACGUCGGCUGAUGGCAAACCAGCACACAAGGACUUUGGACACUUUUAUGGUUCAAGUUAUUUUGCUGCACCAGAUGGUAGCCGCACACCUGCCUUAUCACGGACACGUGACGGUCUUAUUAUUGCUGAGAUGGAUCUAAACCUCUGUCGUCAAAUUAAGGACAAAUGGACUUUUCGGAUGACACAGCGCCUUGACAUGUAUGCAGCAGAACUAACUGAAGCAGUGAAGCCGGACUACAAGCCACACAUCAUCAAAGAGACUGAAUAAUCUCACCUGAUGUAAUAUGUCCAGUAUUAUAACAGAUGAAAAGUUUGUGUGUUUAUCUACAGGGACUCGACCUUUAGAGAGCAUUUACCAGAUUUUGUAUCAUAUUUUAUCAGUACUUACUACAUAUAGCUUACAUACUACAGAGAUUUUAAGAAAUGUGACUAUUCAUGAGUGGUCAUAGCAAAUAUGGAUGCAGUGUAUUUUAUGUUUGAGUGUUUUACAUAAAAUCAUGGUUUUGGAUAUCUUAAAUAUUAUUAUUAUUUUGCCGCAUGGAAGAAGCAGAUCGGUGCAAGUUCGUCAUAUGAAACUGCUUUUAUCAACAUCCUUGACACAGAAUACCAGAGGUUCCACUACAAGGUUGUGGGCUGGGGCACAGUGCAAUAUUAAGUGUCCAGGGAAAACGUAGACAAGAGUGUCCUGUAGGUUUUUAUUGGAAUCCUUCCCAGGUUAAGACCACCUGAGUCCCCAGCACUAUAAUUAUCACUGGGUCUGGGCCCAGUUUCUAAAAACAUCGUAAGCCUAGUUUUGCACGUAAACGUAAAUCUACGAAUAAACCACAGUUCUUCUUAUUAUUAAAAAUACAGUAAAACUAGUUUGAAGUACACAUAUUUCGUUUUCUUUUGUCCUUAAAAUGCUCCAUUGUCCGUAAUGAUUUAAUUUUCUGUGUGAAAUAGAUGUCAAAGACAUGUAAAUGAAUGACUGGUAUCCCUGCUAGUUGUAGACAUAAACUUGUGAUGUUUUGUGAUAUAGGCCCCUGGAAUUUAUAGUUCAACUCAUGCAAGACUUGGAUUGUUGUAGCGUUCAGAUUGUAUGGAUCUUAUUAAGGCUAAAAGUUCAGAAAAUGAGGGUCUCAAGACCAUGCACCAGAUCUAAUUAUAUGAGACUAGUGUUAGGACAUUACUACCACAUAGUGUUAGGACAUUACUACCACAUAGUGUUAGGACAUUACUACCACAUAGUGUUAGGACAUUACUGCCACCUCUCAAGGAAGUUGAAACUCAAAGCCUGAUAAAGUUAAAGUUUGUUUGCUUUAAUGACACCACUAGAGCACAUUGAUUAAUUAAUCAUCGGCUAUUGAAUGUCAAACAUUCUGGCAUGAAGUCAUCAGAGGAAACCUGCUACAUUUUUCCUAAUGCAGUAAGGGAUCUUUGAUAUGCACUUUCCCAUUCAGGAAAACACAUAACGCGGCCUUUGACCACUUGUAGUGCACUGGUUGGAAUGAGAGAAAAACAGUCAGCUGGAUGGAACCCUGCACUAACUCUGAUUAUAUGAGACGUGUGAGAGAACAUUAUUACUUAUCAAGAAAAUGUAAUAUCGAAAUCUGAUAAAAUCAUAAAAAAAAAAAAACCUGUGUUGUAAUGAGCAUUAUUUCUUCACCUUAAUGGCAAAGGUAAAAUCUGGCUGUUUCUGCCAAGUUUGUUGAAUGGAAAUAUAAUGCAUUCCAUAACAUCCAGGCCCUUUUGAGUGUUACAUCGUUGUUACCCAGUAACUGUCUUCUUAACUGAACACCAAGACUUGUUCAGAUCCCUGAUCCCUGUACUGAAGGGGUUGAACAACUCUUGUAUUAAUGUUGAGUACUAUUGCACAAUUAUGUCUCUUGAAUUGUGAAUCUCUAAUCUUGUUAAUUAUUCUUUAUUAAUUCCCUUUUAAUUAGCAUAUUACUAGUACCUUCACUUCACUUUGUCUGUUGUUGAUGUAUGUUGUUUGUUUGUUUUUUGGGGGGAGGGAUUGGGGAGGGGUGUUUGUUUGUGGAGGUUUUUUCGUUAUUUUAUUUACUUGAUACAGUUUGGUGUUUUCUAUUAAAGGGACACACCCUAGUUACGGCUAGUUGUUAACCAUUACGGCAUUGUUUUUCGCUAUUAAACCCAUUUUUUUCACAAAUAAAAUU